AUGCAGAGCCUUGACAAGAAAAACCAUACUGCAGUGUCUGAGUUCAUCCUCCUGGGUUUUUCUAGUGAAUCACAGGUCAGAAUGGUCUUGUUCACCUUCUUCCUCCUCCUCUACCUCAUCACCCUUCUGGGAAAUGGACUCAUCGUCUCCUUGAUCUAUCUGGAUUCACACCUUCAUACACCCAUGUAUUUCUUUCUUAGCAUCCUAUCCCUGGUAGACAUGAGCUAUGUCACCACCACUGUUCCCCAGAUGUUGGUUAAUAUGAUAUAUCCAAGAAAGACCAUCAGCUGGGGUGCAUGCUUAGCCCAAAUGUUCAUCUUCUUGGUCCUAGGCAUUGCUGAGUGUGUCCUCUAUGCCAUCAUGGCCUAUGACAGGUAUGUGGCUAUUUGCUUCCCCCUUCACUAUUCCAUCCUUAUGAACCGUUCUGUUUGUAUCAAGAUGGUCAUACUCUGUUGGUCUAUUAGUAUAGCUGGGGCUCUGAUCUAUACUAUCUUCACCAUGCGUCUGCCCUAUUGUGGCCCCUACAAAAUAAACCACUUCUUUUGUGAAGUCCCUGCUGUCUUGAAGUUGGCCUGUGCAGACACAUCUUUCAAUGACAAAUUGGACUUCAUCUUGGGUUUCAUUCUACUUUUGGUACCACUCUCCCUCAUCCUGGCCUCUUAUGUCCGUAUCUUUGCUUCCAUCUUAAGAAUCCGCUCAACUCAAGGUAGACUUAAGUCCUUCUCUACAUGUGCUUCACAUGUCACUGUGGUCACCAUGUUCUAUGGGCCAGCCAUGAUUAUGUACAUGAGACCUGGCUCCUGGUAUGACCCAGAGAGGGACAAAAAACUAGCACUGUUUUACAAUGUAGUCUCUGCUUUCCUCAAUCCCAUCAUUUACAGCCUCAGGAACAAAGAUGUAAAGGGAGCCUUUCUGAAAGUGCUUGGUAACAAAAAGACAGCUCGGUGA